AUGUGGCUCACGGCCAUUUCUUCAGGCUCACUACACUUGAAAUUGGACUGUGUGAGCAGGAGAGGGCUUCUCAGCAGGUUUGAAGGAAAAGCAGUCUGUGAAGCACCAUACUGGACAUACCUUUUAUGUGCACUGGGACUCUUUAUCUACCAGUCACUGGAUGCUAUUGAUGGGAAACAAGCCAGAAGAACAAAUUCUUGCUCUCCUUUAGGGGAACUUUUUGACCAUGGUUGUGACUCUCUUUCAACAGUAUUUAUGGCAGUUGGAGCUUCAAUUGCUGUGCGCUUAGGAACUCAUCCUGACUGGUUGUUCUUCUGCUCUUUUAUUGGGAUGUUCAUGUUUUAUUGUGCUCAUUGGCAGACUUACGUUUCAGGCGUGUUGAGGUUUGGAAAAGUGGAUGUAACUGAAAUUCAGUUAGCUUUAGUGAUGGUCUUUGUGUUGUCUACAUUUGGAGGAGCAACAAUGUGGGACUAUACGAUACCCAUUCUAGAAAUAAAAUUGAAGAUCUUUCCAGUUCUCGGAGUAGUAGGUGGAGCAAUAUUUUCCUGUUCAAAUUAUUUCCAUGUUAUCCUCCAUGGUGGUGUUGGCAAGAAUGGAUCCACUAUAGCAGGCACUAGUGUCUUGUCACCUGGACUCCACAUAGGAAUAAUUAUUAUAUUGGCAAUAAUGAUCUAUAAAAAGUCAGCAACUAAUGUGUUUGAAAAGCAUCCUUGUCUUUAUACCCUUAUGUUUGGAUGUGUCUUUGCUAAAGUUUCACAAAAAUUGGUGAUAGCUCACAUGACCAAAAGUGAACUGUAUCUUCAAGACACUGUCUUUUUUGGCCCAGGUCUUUUAUUUUUAGACCAGUACUUUAAUAAUUUUGUAGACGAAUAUAUUGUUCUCUGGAUAGCAAUGGUCAUUUCUUCAUUUGAUAUGAUGAUGUACUUUAGUGCUUUGUGCCUGCAAAUUUCAAGACACCUUCAUCUAAAUAUCUUCAAGACUUCAUAUCAUGAAGCACCUGAACAGGUUCACAAGCAUAUUGACUAAUAGCCCAAGGAAAAGAGGAGAAGCAGUUAGGGGAACCUAUGAGUGAAGGAAAUUCCCCUUUGCAGGAGGUUCAAGUUCUUCCUUCAAAGAGUCAUCAGAAUAACAUGGAUUGAAGAGACUUUCGAACACUUGCCAUCUCUUGCUGCUGCUGUUACAUGAAAGGAAACAUUAAACAUCUGUUUAAUUUUUAGAUAAGUGUUUUACAUAUUUCAGCAAAUAAAAUAUUUCAAUGCUUGCA